CAUGGCCCUGACCCUCCUUCUCCUCCCAGGCAGCCCACACCCCCGCCUUGACUCUCCUCUUCCCCUUCCAAGUGUCUUCAUACCCCCGACCCUCCCCCACUCAUCCCGGGCACCCCACCACCCUGCCUCCCACUUGCCCUACCAGGCAUCCCUCCACCUCCUCUCCUCCUCUCAGGCACCCACAACCAUCACCACCAUCUGCUGUGCCAGCAGCACUUCCAGCCAUGUGACAGGCAUCUGCUCCUGGUAGUUAGAAGAUUGGCACACUUAAAGUGAAAACAACCCAGCACGCUGCAAUAAAAAAGCCAAGGCAGUAGAAAAACUGGCCAAGUGGCAAUUGCUAACAUGGAAAAGUAAUAUAGGAUAAUGUCUAAUGUAUUUGUAGCUGUCUUUUAAUGCAAUUGAGUAACUAGAAAUAAGGAAGAUCUGGCACCAUAUGAACAUACAACUUUCCACAGACCAACAGCAGGUGCGCUGUGGACUACAGUUUGACAACCGCAGUACUAGUAGCCUGAUUCAAAGUCCAUUGAGGUACAGUGUGUUGCAGUAAUCAAGCCUGGAAGAUAUGAAUACAUGAGUCACUGCAGCCAAACCUGCACUUAUCUGGAUGGGAUGCAGUCUCCUGUCCAGCUAGAGAUGGAAGAAGUGUUGCUGUGCACGUUAAUCUGGAAAAACACAGUCAAUACUUGGAGGAGGGGUCGCCACAGAAAACCCAAGGUGCUGCACGGAGAAGUGAGGUUGGUGGAAAUCCUCGCCGUGAGUCAGUACCGAAUGACCACCUCCCAGAGAGUGCUGUGCUCCAGGAAGGGCCAUCUUUUGGCUGAGAGGAACCCAGCGUGCUCCAGCAAAUACAGGAUCAUCUGCUGCAACAGUGGGCGAGCCAACCGCUGAAACUGCUCCCAUUGGUUUUGAUACCAGCGAGAGCAAACAAAACACAAAAGAAAAACGAGGCAAAGGAAACUACAGCGUGACACGUUCUUGGACAUAGCUGUAUAGAAAAAUGUAACAGUCUCCAGCGUCGUUUUUAAAAACUGAGGGGAAUGAACAUUUGCGCACUGUGCUUCAAGAGUACUGCAAAUGUAUAAGAAUCCUUCUCACUGCACCUGUACCAUCCUGCACUAUGGAAUGCUCAUUCUCCAGCCUCAGAAGACUUAAAAAUGAUCUCCGGUCAUCAAUGGGACAGAUGCGACUGAAGAAUGUGGCUGUCCUUAACGUGCCUCAAGACCAUACUAGGGAACUAGAUGUAAAUACGAUUGCUGACAGUUUCAUCCAGAAAGCUACGAGAGACGUAAUGUCUUUAAACUGGGAUGUUAGUGAAGACGGCUUGUGGUUUCCUCUGGGCGUCCAUUUCAUCAGCCUGAAAUUAAUCAGCAGCAAGAGGGAGAGAGAGAAAAGGGGGGAGAAACCCCCCUUGUCAUCUUGAUCCCCAAGCAGAAGCAGAGCAGCAGCCCCCAGGAAUUCACACCAGUACUCCCUCGCCAGGAUCUGCAGGCGGGCUCCCUGACUGUGAUCUGCUGGAGCAGGGGGAACCCCACAUCCUCCAGAUUCCCUGCCAGAAAUCUACUGGACCAACUCCUCUUCAUUCCUCCCCAGGAUCCGCAGGAAAAGCCAUCAGGAGAUCGCCUGUCCCUCCUCCACUCCAGCCCUCCCCACCCCCAGUUUGGAGGAGGUUGCUCUUUGCUUGCUGAGGGGGAAUUCUCUGAAUCUGGCUGGACAGUUUUUUUACUUUGCACCCUCUGGGCUUCUUUCCUGCAUCUCUUCCACCACUGACAGUAAAACCCAGCCUCGCAGAGCUCUGCAAGGGGCUGUCCCUCCAUGCCUCCCUGCAGCGCCAACAGCUCCAGCUCCCAUGCAUGGAUUGUAUGGAUUUUGUGUGUGUAAAGGGGCUGCUGUAAUUUCAGCCUCCUCGACCUGCCCUGGUUGGAUUAUUUUUUAUAGCUCUGAUUUGAAAAGCAGCCACCAAGCCUUCCUGCCUGCCUGAUCUUUCACUGCUGCAGCUGCAGCUGUAUUAUAGCAGGGAAGCCUCAUUCCUGGGUUGCAGAGAGAGAAGGUUGCAGGAUCCUUCAAUCCCACCCCCUUCCUCUUUCCACAGCUCCGAGGAGAGUCCUGGCUCUUUGCAGCAUAUGUGGUGCAUCGGAGUGGAAGCCAGCACCAGUAGCCACUGCAGCAAAGGAAGCACUUGUCUCGGGUGAUUUGGGGGAAAGGAAUUGAAAAUAAGAGGGUAGAUUUUGUUUCUGAGGGUCUUGGCUUCAUUUCCCAAAGGCUCGUUCCUUUCAUGAAUGACACAGAUCCUGCUCUGUGAUUCCUUCAGGCGAUGGCCAUGCAGUAAAGAUGUCAGUGUCCAGGCUGAACAGUGUCAAUGGGUUUUUGGAGGACUCCAGGAUGGAGGUUGGGGACAUGGGGAGGAUCCUCAGGAGUUUGGAAAUUGGGACCGUGCUGACCUUGUUCUACCAAAAAAAGUCCCAGAGGCCAGAGAGGAGGACGUUUCAGGUGAAGCUGGAGACCAGGCAGAUCAUUUGGAGCCGGACGCCUGAGAAAGUGGAAGGAGACAUUGACAUUCGGGAGAUAAAAGAGAUCCGCCCAGGGAAGAAUUCCCGGGAUUUUGAACGAUAUCCAGAAGAUGCUCGGAAACUGGACUCCACCAUGUGUUUCAUCAUCCUGUAUGGACAGGAUUUCAGGCUCCGGACACUCAGUGUUGCUGCCUUCUGUGAGGAAGACGUCAACGUGUGGAUGACGGGCCUGAACUGGCUGGUGACGGACACUCAGAAAGCCCAGACGCCGCUGCAGGUUGAAAGGUGGCUGCGGAAACAGUUUGACUUGAUGGACAGGACGAGAGAAGGCAGUAUCACGGUGAAGGAUCUGAAGGCCAUGCUGCCCCAGGUGAACUACCGGGUGCCCAAUAUGAGGUUCCUGCGGGACAAGCUAGUGGAAGUGGAAGCCAGGAGCGACAUGGCCUUCACCCACUUCACUCACUUCUACAAAAACCUAAUGUUCGAUGCUCAGAAAUCGGUCAUCGAGCAGCUGGAGCUCUCCUUCCCCUUGCGGAACGUUGACCGGGCGGAGCUGUGCCAGAUUACACUGUACGACUUCCAGAAGUUCCUGCAGCACGACCAGAAGGAGCCCUGGGCCAGUGACAUCGGCAAGGUGCGGGAGUACAUGUGUGGCUGCCUCAGGGACCCCUUCAGUGACAUGGCAGAACCCUUCUUCCAGCUGGAUGAGUUUCUGAUGUACCUGUUCUCCAGGGAAAACAUGGUCAUGGACGCCAAGUACGAGCGGGUGGUCCCAGAGGAGAUGAACUACCCGCUGUCCCACUACUGGAUCUCCUCCUCCCACAAUACGUAUCUGACUGGGGACCAGUUCUCCAGUGAGUCCUCGCUGGAAGCCUACGCUCGCUGCCUCCGGAUGGGCUGCCGCUGCAUAGAGCUGGACUGUUGGGAUGGUCCAGACGACCUGCCAAUCAUCUACCACGGACACACACUCACCUCCAAAAUCAAAUUCCUGGAUGUCCUGCACACCAUCAAGGAACACGCCUUCGUGACCUCUGAGUUCCCCAUCAUCCUCUCCAUUGAGGACCACUGCAGCAUCGUCCAGCAGAGGAACAUGGCCUCCCACUUCAAGAAGGUCUUUGGGGACAUGCUGCUCACCAAGCCAGUGGACAUCAACGCCGAUGAGUUGCCUUCCCCCACCCAGCUCAAGAAGAAAAUCCUCAUCAAGCACAAGAAGCUGGUGGAAGGGAACCUUUACGAAGAAGUCUCCACGGCCAGUUACUCGGAGAAUGACAUCAGCAACUCCAUCAAGAAUGGCAUCCUGUACCUUGAGGACCCCAUUGAUCAUACCUGGAGCCCACAUUACUUUGUGCUGACAAGCAACAAGAUCUAUUACUCCGAGGAGACGUCCCGCUACCAGUCCAACGAGGAUGAGGAAGAGGUGGAACAAAAAGAGGAGUUUAACAACAACGAGCUGCACUUCAGCGAGAAGUGGUUUCACGGGAAGCUGGGCGGGGGGCGUGACGGGCGCCAGAUCGCUGAGAAGCUGCUGCACGAGUACUGCACCGAGACGGGUGGGAAGGAUGGCACCUUCCUGGUGCGGGAGAGCGAGACCUUUGUGGGAGAUUACACCCUCUCCUUCUGGCGGUCCAGCCGAGUCCAGCACUGCCGCAUCCACUCCCGGCAGGAAGCCGGCACCACCAAGUUCUACUUGACGGACAACCUGGUGUUCGACAGCCUCUACAGCCUGAUCUGCCACUACCGCGAGGUGCCGCUGCGGUGCAAUGAGUUUGAGAUGAGGCUCACAGACCCCGUGCCGCAGCCCAACGCCCACGAGAGCAAAGAGUGGUACCAUGCCAACCUGUCCCGCCUGCAGGCCGAGCACAUGCUGAUGAGGGUGCCCCGGGACGGAGCCUUCCUGCUGCGCAAACGCAGCGAGCCCAACUCCUAUGCUAUCUCCUUCAGAGCGGAGGGCAAGAUCAAGCAUUGCCGCAUCCAGCAGGAGGGCCGGCUCUUCAUGCUGGGCAGCUCCGCCGAGUUCGAGAGCCUGGUGGAUCUGGUGAGCUACUAUGAGAAGCACCCGCUCUACCGCAAGAUGAAACUCCGCUAUCCCAUCAACGAGGAGACGCUGGAGAAGAUGGGCACCGCUGAGCUGGACUAUGGAGCCCUGUAUGAAGUGCGAACCCCUCACUUCUACGUGGAGGCCAACAAGAUGCCAAUGGCCAGGUGUACGGUGAAGGCCCUCUACGAUUACAAAGCCCAGCGGGAAGACGAGCUCUCAUUCUGCAAACAGGCCAUCAUCCACAACGUGGACAAGCAGGAUGGAGGCUGGUGGCGGGGAGACUACGGGGGCAAGAAGCAGCUGUGGUUCCCAGCCAACUACGUGGAGGAGAUCAUGAACGUGCUGGUACAGGAGCAGGACGAGGCUUCGGCAGAAAACAGCCCCCUGGGGAACUUCCUGAAAGGGUUCAUUGACGUACCGUCCUGCCAUGUAGUUAUCUCCAAAGACGGGAGGAGCUCCAAACCAUUUGUCUUCACCAUCCAUUCCCAGCAGAUGUCCCACCCGUCCCAAUCACUGGACGUGGCUGCAGACACACAGGAGGAACUCAACGACUGGGUGGCCAAGAUCCGGGAGGCCACACAGAACGCAGAUGCCAGGAUGCAAGAGGGGAAGAUCAUGGAGCGGAGGAAGAAGAUCGCCCUGGAGCUCUCCGAGCUGGUCGUUUACUGCCGCCCGGUGCCAUUUGAUGAAGAGAAGAUCGGCACAGACAAGGCUUGCUAUCGGGACAUGUCCUCCUUCCCCGAGACCAAGGCCGAGAAGUACGCCAACCGCAGCAAGGGCAAGAAGUUCCUGCAGUACAACCGGCGCCAGCUCAGCCGCGUCUACCCCAAGGGCCAGCGCCUGGACUCCUCCAACUACGACCCGCUGCCCAUGUGGAUCUGCGGCAGCCAGCUGGUGGCCCUUAACUUCCAGACCCCCGAUAAACCAAUGCAGUUGAACCAGGCCCUGUUCAUGCUGGGAGGCCGCAGCGGUUACGUCCUGCAGCCAGACAUCAUGAGGGACGACUUGUUUGACCCCUUUGACAAGAGCAGCCUGAAGAUCGUGGAACCCAUCACUGUGCAGCUCCAGAUCCUAGGCGCCCGGCAUCUCCCCAAGAAUGGCAGGAGCAUCGUGUGCCCCUUCGUGGAGGUGGAGGUCUGCGGCUCGGAGUUUGACAGCAGCAAGAACAAGACGGACGUCGUAGCUGAUAACGGCCUGAACCCCGUGUGGCUUUUCAAGCAGUUCGUCUUCGACAUCAACAACCCUGAGUUUGCCUUCCUGCGCUUUGUGGUGUACGAGGAGGACAUGUUCAGCGACCCCAACUUCCUGGCCCAGGCCACCUUCCCCGUCAAGGGCCUCAAAACAGGCUACCGGUCAGUGCCCCUGAAGAACAGCUACACUGAGGAUCUGGAGCUCUCCUCCCUGCUCAUCCACAUCGAAAUCAUCAACGCCAAGGAAGAAGACGAGGAGAACCUGUACUCCUCCAUCCAGCAGCUGCGUGACCGAGCCAGCGAACUCUCCAACCGGGUCUCGAGCUUCGAACACAGCAACAACUGUGACUUGCGCCACCAGCAGUGGCUGGACGAGCUGCGGGCAGCCAAGGAGCGGCUGAUGGAGCUGACCGAAGUGCGCAACAGGAAGCUGAUGGAGAAAAAGAAGAGAGAUCGACAGAUGGCCAACAAGCACAACUGAGCCAGCCGCGGGGCUCUCCCAGCUGGGGCCCUCUGCUGGGGAGCCUGGAAAUUCUUGCCCGCAGGAGAUCUGGCUGCUGCUACCAGCCAUCCCCUCAACAGUCCACCUUUCCAGCUGGCUCGCUGCUCUCACCCUGCAUCCGUCGGCUGCCCUGGGGGGAAGAGACAUUGGCUGCUAGAACCGCAGCACUUGCAGGACCUGGAGAGAACUAGAGGUGGUUCUGAAGAUGGGAGCGCAGAGCUGUGUUAGCACCUUUCCUGUUGUAACAACCGAGCUUUUCAAUGAGAUGGAAAAGGGGUCACGUGUCAGGGCGCGCAAUGUUCUCAAGAGGAUUCGAGCAGCCACCCGGGGCAGGGGUUCCCAGCAGCCGCCUUAUCCCCAGUCAGUCUGAUCUGCUUCAACAUCUGUUAAAAAAAAAAAAUUUCACCACCAUGAGACUUCCAAAAGGGGGGAGGGAAGAGGGACAUCUCAGGAGCUGUAGGUUCAAAUCCUUUCGUAACUCACCAGUCUGCCUGUGUUCACGGUGGCGUCCCUGGAUGACAUUUCUCUGCCGUACAAAACCACCGCACGCACAGGGGCCCUGGGAGUGCCAAGGGUAGCAGGAGUGACUGGCCCGGGGGGCUGCAGGUUGUAAUGGAGGGGCACCGGCAGAGCAGUGUGUGGAGCAGGAGGGUGUGUGCUCUGCCUGGCUGUUCCCCUCACAAGGGUUAGAGGAAACCCUGCCCCCUAUUUAUUUAUUUAUUGGGAGGCUGGCGCUUGAUCCCUUGCUCCGCGGCCCUUUAGAGUCGGGGUGACACUUGCUGAUGUGUUGCAGCUCUCCCUGAGCCUGCAGGGCCUGGGGAGCUGCUGUGACCCCCAGGCUCCUGCUCUGCAACGAGAUAAACGGUCUGAAUUGCCCUCAGACAUUCCCAAGAGGCAGCCAAAGGCCACUACCAGUCACCCUGACAUGCUGGGGGGGCAGAGGCCCCAGUGCAUCCCUGGGAGCCUCAGGCUGAACGGCCGACGGCGGGAGCCACACAGCUGUGGGGGGCUUCCCAGCCCUGCUCCAGUAAGACAGGUACAUUCCCAUUCCCCCUGGCUGCAGUUCCCUCCUCCUGGAGCAGAUCAGAGCCUGGGGAGCUGCCCGGCCCCAGGCUGGUGAGUGGAGCUUCUGGCUCUGCCUGGCCUUGUGCAGCUGAGGUCGAGGGGUUCUUGUCAUUGCCACUGAAAGGGCUUUUCACCUCUGCGUUACCCGCUGCCCAUCACCUCGUUAGCUUGUCGAGCAGAAGGGUGCAGGGAACCGGGAUGAGGAAUCGGUGGACUGAGAAGCAGCUGCACUCUGCACGUAGCUAGGGCUUUCCACCGUCCCAGUGCUGGACAGCUCCGCAACCCCCGGCAGGGAGGUGAGUCAGGAUCGUUCGCCCCACCGGACCAACCAAGAAACUGAGGCACAGAGAAGGGAAGGGGGCAUGCAACAAGCCAGUGGCUUCGGACCCAGGCGUCCAACCGAUCGUGCUGCCUCCCUGCACGUUUGAGUUGGCCUAAGAAAGGACUAUCAGCAGGCGCGCUCACACAAUGACUAGGAUUAGGCACCACAGACAGGAGCCCGGCUCACUCAGACCCACUUCUGAGCCCUUGCCCAGGGCAGGAACACAGGCUGCCCUGCCCUUCGGGUGUCACAUACUAACAGCUGGGAUCUCCAACGGGUGCCAGUAUGGAUGAGACACUCACUGAGCCAGUGCUGAGGUUUCCAGGCCAUUUAGCUGCACAGGGAAGAUGUAGACCCAGGAACUGUGCUGGGAUCUCGAGAAAUAGCUGCGAUUUCUUUUUUCAAUGUGUGUAUGAACUGCGGGGAGGGUUCUGUGACCUGCCUCAGUAUCAGGGCAUGUGGAAAUGAUGCCCUGUCCCCUGAGAGACCUCACAGAAUGAGGGAGGGGGGUCAGGCUUGCAGAGCUCCGCCUGCACUCUGCAGGGACAGCCACCUUUCAGUGCGGAUGUAAAACCAAGGCCCUGACCACCCGCAGUCAGUGAGUGCCCUGGGCAUGUUCCUUUGUUGUUGUCAUUACAAAUCCCAUCUGCGGUGCUGUAAAUAGAGGAGCGACACCAGCCCCCUUCCUCACAGGGCUGACAGUCUAAACUCAGGUGCAGGGCCAGCUCCAGGCACCAGCCAAGGAAGCUCGUGCUUGGGGCGGCAGAUUCUAAGGGGCAGCUUUCUGUUCAAUCCUUGGUGGCACGGCCGCCCUUUUUUUUCCUUUUUUUUCUUUUUUGGUUCACCCUGCUGGGAGCAGGCUGCACGCUCUGUCUGCCCCAGCCGGUGUCGGGUCUGCAGCAAGCCUGGCAGCCCGCGUCCUUCCCUCCCCGCUGACCUUCAAUUCACCUGCAGGCAGGAGCGCUGUGGAGCCCUCCUGGCAGGCGGCGAGGCGGGAGGGGCCGACUGGCGAGCACCCCGGCAGAAGGAAGCCCUGGCUGCCCCCCUUCUCUCGCUCUCCCCCGCUCCCUCCCCCUUCCCACGCACUCCACUGCCCGGGGCACGUCUGCAACGCAGGGAGUCCCGCUAGCCAGCGCAGCCAGGGGAGGCAGCCGUGAGCCACCAAAUAAGUGGCACUGAAAGUUUGCACCCUGGCUCCGGCCGCCCUCCACGGUUUUUAUUUUAUUUUUUUGCUUCGCCGCUCCGACCGCCCUGCACGGUUUUGGUGGGGUUUUUUUUGCUUGGGGCGGCAAAAUAGCCAGAGCGGGCCCUGCUCAGUUGACAGACCAUAAACAGGACCCAGUCGCUGGAGCUUGCAGGCCACAUUUGGGGAAGGUGGAGGCAAAGGGAGCUCGGCCUGUGAUCAUGGGGAGGUUGUUCCAGGCAUGUGGUGCAGGAUGGAAGAAAGUAGGAGACGGGGGUGGACAAGGGUAGGAGGAGGGUACGCACGAAACUCCAGCUCAGGGAACGACGUUCUGCCAAUCUAGCAUGCCCAGCGCAGUUAGUCAGAGAGUUUAUCCUUCUCGCCCUUCUUUAAACACUGUUGUGUGGUGUUAAACAGCUGCCACAUCCCACCCCAGAGCUGGCUGCAUUUCAGAGAUCAGUCUAGAGAGCACUUUGGGAUCCUUCAGGAUGAAAUGUGCUAUAUUAUUAUUUUUAUUGUUAUUUUAUUUGUAUGACAAUAGCUGAUAUAUGGGCUGCAUUGUGCUAGGUGCUGCAAAAACACAUAGUUACAGGCAGUCCCUAUCCCCAAAGAACUUACUAAAGAGACACGGCAGGCAAAAGGUGAGAGGAGACACUGAGGCACAAAGCAGUGAAGUGACUUGCCCAAGAUCACCCAGCAGGUCAGUGGCAGAGCUGACCAUAGACAUCAGUCUCCUGAGUCCCGCUGGCAGUGCAAGCCACAGUGCCAUACGGCUACAGAAGGGAGCUGGGAAGAAACCAAACACCCAGCUGAGACUCCCCUGCCCUCCCAGCUGCUGCAGAUCCCUGCUAUUUCAUCACCCCUACAUAAAUCCCUUCUUUUUAAAAACAGGACCUCUGAUCUGAGAGCAGUGAAGGGGCAAGUGAAACCCCUUCCGAGGAAUCCCAGACAGAGCUUCCCUGCCUUCCAGAGCCCCGGUAGGAUAAAUAAAAGGAGGAGUGCAGGAAACCACUUUGGAUUCAUGCCUGUGUUGUGAGGGGUUGUCCAACCUCUCAGCUCCAAAAGUCAGCAUCUCGGGUCCAAGAAGAAGGAUCCCGUGUCCACCCAGCUCUGGGAUUGUUGUGAAUGCAACAUAAUAAGGGGGGGAUGCCAGGAAAAUGCCUGAGGUACCUCAGUGGGCCAGAUGCAGCCUGGGUGUAAGCACUGAAGCCCGCGGAGUUGUGCCCACCUACACCAUGGCUGAAUCUGACUCAAUAUUUGUUUUGGACCCAUGUGGAGGAGAAGGGGGGAAGCCGGAUGCUGGUUCCCCUCCCGUUAAAUAGGAGGUGCACAGUUGUACGUCAGCCCCUGGAAAGUGCUAGGAGACGCUGGCACUGGGGCAGGUACUGACGUUUCCAAGAGUGGCUAGUAAAAGAAGCACAAGGGAGCCAGCAGCUGGAAGACAGGUCUUUGCAGCAGCUUCAGGCAGGUAUCGGGUCAGGAUGUUAUUGUAGGUCUCAUGCAGGAGGAUAGAGUGUCCCUAUGGGGGAUCAGGCGUCCUGCUGGUGUCACUGCAGGGAGAUCCGUGAAUUCUUUGUAUGAAAAUAAAUCUAUUUAGCCAAUAUUUAUACA